AUGGCGACAGAGAGUGCCCCAACUGCGCGACCAAAGAUGCCUGGCUUUACAGAAUCGUUUUGGUCGGCGGACUACGCUGGAGGAUUGGGAACUCUCUUCCAGAAACUCCAACAAGGCGUGAUUGAAAACCAACAAGUCCUUACAAUCGCCAGCAUGCGGGCAGAUGCGGAAGAAAUGUACAGCGAUCAACUGGGAGACAUUGCACCAACAAUCGAUCGAAUGACUGGUGGAUUCACGAGAGACGACGGCGCAAGCACUCGCAAGGCCUAUGAAGGAGUUCGAAGCGAGAUGGUCGAAGCUUCAAAAAAUCACAAGAAGAUCGCCGACAACAUCCGAGAACUAGUGGUCAAUCCCUUUUCUAGAUGGUGCGAUGCGCAUGCGACAAGAAUACAGAGCUCUCAAGAUGAACUGCAAGGAAAGAUCAAGGCUCACGACAGACAAGCAGACAUAGUCAAAAAGCUGAGAAGUCAUUAUUUCAAUAAGUGCAGGCUGGUGGAGGACCUUGAGGAGGAAAACAAAUUGGCCUUUCAAGGGCCGGCGAAAGAGAGCCCCAAGCCUCAGAGCCCACCACCGCCCAAGAUUGUUCUGCCGGAGGAUGAGGUUGACGAAUUACCCGUCGAAAUUGGUGACCAGACUUACACGCCCGAACAUCUCAAGGCACUCUUGACCAGUAUGUUGGAUACCAUUCCUCUUGGAGAAUACAAAGUUCCGAUAUUGGGAACAUAUCAAAAUGUAUCUGCUGGCACAGAUAUCGUGGAAUACAUCCAGAAACACAUGAAGGCAUCCAGCGUGGGAUAUGCCGAGAAGAUUGGACAGGAUUUGAUCGACCGAGGGUUCUUACGCCUCAUUGGUAACAUGGGCAACACAUUUGCCAACAGUUCAAGAAUGAAGUAUCAAUGGAAGACUCGAGUCUUUCAAAUUACAGGCUAUCCUGAGAAGCGAAAGCCUCUCGGCAGAUCAAGCACGACAUCAUCACAAGAUGGGAUAUUAGAUUCACCGUCCAUCGGAAACAUCACCGAAACUUUACAAACGUGGAAUCCAUUGAACAAUCCUUACCCAAAUGAGACGCCCGCUGAACGCCUAAAACGUGAAGCCAAGGAAGCAGACGAAAAGUACAAGGCUGGGGUCCGAAAACUUGAUAUGCUCAGAUGCCACUUGGAAGAGUCGAUGAUGGAUCACUUGAAAUUCCUAGAACGGUGCGAAAUGGAUCGACUGAAAGCGAUCAAGUCAGUGAUUCUUGAUUUCUCCGGGGCGAUCAGCAACAGCAUUCCCUCUUUCCAGAGUCAAGUUGAUCAUAUGAUGCUCUACCAGGAAACCAUUCAGCCUCUGGGCGACUUGAGAUAUCUGCUUGAGAAUUACAGAACCGGGGCCUUCGUCCCCAAAGCCACGCCAUAUGAGAACUAUUAUGGAAGCGUCGAAGACCAGACUUUUGGUGUUGAUUUGGAAGCAAGAGCAAGAGCUGAUCGGAAGCGAGUUCCCAUCAUUGUGACUUCGAUAUUGACAUUCCUUGACAAUCACUAUCCAGACCUUGAAGGAGACAAAGCGAGAAGGAAUAUUUGGCUUGUCGAUGUUCCUCUAGCCGCGACACAUCACCUGAGGAAUCAAAUCAACAAUGGAGCUCCCGUCCCACGAGAAGUUCUCGAAAAAUACGAGGUACCAAUUGUUGCCAGUGUCUUGAAACUGUACCUUCUCGAAUUACCUGAUUCUCUGGUUUCCUCGCAGGUCUAUGAGAUUAUCAAGACGAUAUACGCAACAACCUCUGAUGCAGUGCCGAAUCCCAUUUCUAAUGAUCCAAUCGAUGCUACACCGAGAAUCAAGGUGCUGCAAUCGACCCUUGGCCAGCUUCGUCUCAAUAACAUUGCCACACUCGAUGCUAUUGCGACACAUUUUACUCGACUGAUUGACCUCACGUCUGCAGAUGAGGCAUACGUCGCCGCUCUAGCGCAGUCGCUGGCUCCUUGUAUUCUGCGACCGAGGACCGAGAACUCUUUGACCUUGGAAGAACGUCAUGCGUAUCGACUUAUUCGAGACUUGUUCGACCACAAAGAAGCCAUCUUUGGCGAACUCAAACGUCAAUCUUCCACGCUUUCUGGUUCCAACAGCAUUUCUAAUCGUCAACGAGCGGUUAGCAAUAUUGAUGAGAGCUCAAGGCGGGCUAACAUGGAAGCGAGAGCAAGAGCCAUUACGGAACAGAGACAACGAGACAAGAGUCCGGCGCCCACCAAUCGACACAGACGUGACAAGAGCACUGAUGGAAGUGUCGGACGAUUCCCAGUUGUCGCAAGCCCCAGACCUGAUCAUGGAAGGAAUGUGAGUGGAGUUGGCUUACCGUCAGCUAAGAGAUCAAGUCUGGAAGUUCCCGGUAGUACCGAGAGUUCACCCAUUCAAGCUAGGAACCAGUCAGCUGUGGAAAAGAACCCAGCUAUGAGAGUUGAGCCCUCAAAUACGGUCACGAAUGGACAGGGACAAACUUCUCCCGACACAAUCACCAUGCCUGCCACUUUUAGUGGAGGUGGCCCAGGUCCACAUAUUCCUCCGCCACUCGACGACGACAGUCAAGAGUCGGACUCAGCAGUCCCUGCGGCGAGGGAACAAGAACCAAGUUCCAAGGUGGGAUCUCUGAAGAGAAGUACUGCGGCGACUGAUAGAAAACUGGUUGGUCGGCCCGGUAGUUUGAGGAACAGAAUGACUCAAGGAGCACCGGAUGAUGCGAAACCGCCUCCUGCUCCUCAAGGUGUUCAAUUGACUGACAAGGCAAUGGAUGACUUCUCAUAA